UCGGCGGCUUCUGUUGGGUCGGCGCCGUGACGGUUCACUGCGGUGUGUCGUCGGCGCCGCCAGGCUCGUAGCGCGCCUGCCCUCCCGGCCGCCCGCCCGGCCGCGCUCCCGCUCGUGUCCCCCGGCGGGUCCGGGAGAUCCGGGCACCGCUUCGACGGCGGCUUCGCCGGACCCGCGGCCCGGGUCGCAGCCCGCACGCCGAGCGGACGGCGUCAUGAGGCACCUGCCAUACUUCUGUCGCGGCCAGGUGGUGCGGGGCUUCGGGCGAGGCUCCAAGCAGCUGGGCAUCCCCACAGCUAACUUUCCGGAACAAGUAGUUGACAGCCUUCCAGCUGAUGUGUCCACUGGCAUUUAUUACGGUUGGGCCAGUGUUGGAAGUGGAGAUGUCCAUAAGAUGGUGGUGAGCAUAGGAUGGAACCCGUACUACAAAAAUACGAAAAAGUCCAUGGAAACUCAUAUCAUGCACACCUUCAAAGAGGACUUCUAUGGGGAAAUCCUCAACGUGGCCAUCGUCGGCUACCUCAGACCUGAAAAGAACUUUGAUUCUUUAGAGUCCCUCAUUUCGGCAAUUCAAGGCGACAUUGAGGAAGCCAAGAAACGACUAGAUUUACCAGAACAUUUGAAAUUCAAAGAAGAUACUUUCUUCCAGGUUCCUAAAAGCAAAAUGAUGAAUGGCCACUGAUGAAAAGUCACCUUACUCUUAUUUAUUCGUUCACUGUUUUCUAGAAUUUUACUCUUCACAACUCCUCAGUCGUUAGAUUUUAACAAUCAAAUGUUUUCCUACAGCUGUGAAUUAAACAGUGCAGUGUAUUUACCCCAUUAUGCUUCAGCUGUUCACAUCCAGCGCAUCAUGCUAUAGUACUAAAAUGAUUCAUUUUAAAAAUCAAGCUGCUUUUUUAUGUGAUAUGUCCAUUGAAAUGUACCUCUAGAAAGGUGGUCAGGGUCUUAUAAUGAGAAUGAACUGUAUAUAAGUGUGGGUAAGAAGGCAACUCACUAGUUUUGAGAUGUGGACCAUAAUUCUCAUGGUAAGCAGUAGCAUGUAUGUGCCUACAUAGGGCGUGCUGCUAACUAGUGAAGGUGUAUAAAUAAAUGUAUUCACCAGAGCUCUGAGAGCUUAUUACGAACCUACGAGGAAAAAUCCAGACUUUAUAUUUUUGAUAUUUGGUAUAUUAAUAUAUUACAAAUAGUAGAUAUGUGGGAUUUCACUGUAGUUAGUCAUUUCCUCUGUGAGGUCAAAUCAUUGUACUGUGUUCCAUUGUUGUUACAGCUGCCUCAGCCCCGAUUGGUCUAGACUCCCUCUUCCUAUCCAUUGUCCCCAAAAGCAGUAAACUUAGUCUUUUUCUAACUCUAGAUGGCGUCUGUGUUGUAUAACAUUUGUCCUUUUUAGGGUCGAUGUUCAGCAUUUUUCUUGACUUUGCUUCUGUUUUCCUUGAAGCAGUUGUCAGUGUCAGGGUUUGUUUUGUUUUUGUUUUUUUCUCCUUCUAUUACAUGUAAAAUAACCUACAGCUGCACGCUUGGACAAAAGAUGGCAUCCGUAUCUACCAUUCCGUCCCUUCGCCCUAUGAACAGUGACUACGGCAAAGCUGUAUUGCAUUUUAGGGGGAAAAAAAAGCCCAGCCCUUCAUCUCUAGGUUUCCUCACGUUUAAGGUGAGCACACAGUGGAUGAUUUUUAUCUACCAGUUUUUUGAAGAGCACAAACAUUUGUUUUCCCCCUGGGGAAACCAUUUAAGAGCCAAUUAAAUUAUGAAAUAGUUAUUUAUUUUUAAUGUAAUUACAUAUUCCUGAGCAAACAUAAACUGUCAUAGCUGUGGACGCAUAAGGUAAUUUAAUGCUAAACAGUGCUUGUUGCUUGGGGAAAAGGCAUACGUAAUAAAGUUUUAGUUAAGUAAUAA